UCCUCUUUUUAAACGAAUCACACUCUCCAUCGUGUAGAGAGCCUCCCUCUCCCUCUCUCCAUUUUACUUCCUCUGUAGCCUCUCUUCUUUCAACCCCUUCUCUCCAAAUCUCUCUGUUCCGAUUCAAAAAAAAAUGCGCAAUCUAAAGCUAUUCGAGAGGUUCAAGAGCACACAAAUCCACGCCUUCACCUCAUCAUCACAAGACUCUCCUUCCACAAGCACCAAUGGCAGCGGCAUCAGCAACAGCCCUCGACUGAACUUCCUAAGAAACCAUCCCAAAUCAACCUCCAAAUCCUUCUCUCGCUCCCUUCUCCCUCACGGCUUCCCCACCACAGACCUCCUCGAGCCUCCUCUCGACUCUCACCUCAAACCCCUCGACCUGGUCGAGUCCUUAUCCAAUCUCUACAGAAGAAUCGAGUCAAGCUCCUCCGAGUCCGAGACCUCCCUGCUCUACCUCGAGCAGUACACCAUUCUCCGCAGCCUCGGCGACGCCAAGCUCUCGCGCAGGUGUUUGCUCAACGCCAGGAGACACGCUGUUGAUGUCCCUUGCAAGGUGGUUUUAUCCGCUUGGUUGAGAUUCGAGAGGAGGGAGCAUGAACUUCUCGGAGUUGAGUCUAUGGAUUGUAACGGCUUUGCUAUCGAAUGUCCGAAGACUAGUCUAAUUCACGGCUGUGAUUUGAAUCUAGUCAACGAGGAGCAUUGUAACUGUCACGAGGAAGAUGAGAUUAUUAAAGUCUCUAUGGCGGGUCUAGACGAGGAUAGUGACUUCUCCUUCUGUGUUGGUUUAGAGAAGGCUAUGUGUGUUAGGUCAAGAAUAGCUGCGCUUUCGCGUCCUUUCGAGGCUAUGCUGUAUGGUUCUUUCGUGGAAUCGAGAGCUUCCGAGAUCGAUUUCUCGGAGAAUGGAGUCUCGGUUGAAGCCAUGGUGGCGUUGAACAUAUACAGUAGGAUUAAAAGAGUUGAUUUGUUUCGAGUUGAAACCGUCUUUGAGCUGCUUGGUUUGGCCAGCAAGUUCUGUUGCGACGAGCUGAAGUCUGCUUGCGAGUCUCGCUUGGCUUCGUCUGUUACUGAUCUUGAUAAAGCUUUGACCUUUGUGGAGUACGCGUUGGAGGAGCGUAGGGAGCUUCUCUUGUCUGCUUGCUUGCAGGUGUUUCUGAGAGAGCUUCCUCGGUGUCUACACGACUCUAGAGUGAUGAGAUUCUUCUGCGGUUCCGAGGCAAAAGAAGGGUUGGCUUGUCUUGGUUCGGAGUGUUUGUUCAUGGUGUACUACUUGCUCAGCCAAGUAGGGAUGGAGGAGAGGCUGACGAGUGAGGCUAUGCUGGUGUUGCUAGAGAGGACUCGAGAGUUUGCUCGCACGAACUGGCAGAAGGCUGUGGCCUUGCAUCAGAUGGGAUGUGUUCUGUUCGAGAGGAAGGAUUACAAGGCGGCUCAGUUCCAUUUCAGAUUAGCUUCAAGCUUAGGACACGUCUACUCAUUGGCUGGGGUAUCAAGAACUGAGUAUAAACAAGGGAAGAGGUACUCGGCGUACAAGCUCAUGAACUAUCUCAUCUCUAAGCACAAGCCGCAGCAUGGAUGGAUGUACCAGGAGAGGUCUCUUUACAACGUCGUCGGGGAAGCAGAGAAACUAAAAGACCUUGAAACCGCCACCGAGCUUGACCCGACGCUGACGUUUCCUUACAAGUACAGAGCCGUGAUGAAGUUCGAAAGGAAGCAGGUCAAAGAAGCGUUCGAGGAGGUUGAUAGAUUGAUUCAGUUCAAGCUUACUCCGGAUGUUCUUGAACUGAGGGCUUGGCUGUUUUUAGCGGUUGGUGACCGUGAGAGUUGUUUGAGAGAUAUAAGAGGAGUGCUGUGUUUAGAGCCCAAGUAUGCUGUGUUUGGUGGGAGGAUGGGAGAUGAUUUGGUGGAGGCUCUGACCACGCAAUGUAGUGAAGCUGAAUGCUGGGUGAGGCUUUACGAUAGAUGGUCAGCUGUGGAUGAUGUUGGAUCCUUAGGUGUUGUUCAUCAGAUGCUUCAGAAUGAUCCUAGCAAAAACUUCUUGAGGUUUAGGCAAUCUCUUCUUCUCCUAAGAUUGAAUUGUCAAGGAGCAGCGAUGAGGUGCUUGAGAAUGGCGUGGAACUUGGCUGCUUGUGAGGCGGAGAAGUUGGUUUACGAGGGUUGGCUUUUAUACGACAUGAGUUAUGUGGAGGAAGCUCUUACUAAAGCUGAGAAGGCAAUCUCCAUUCAACGCUCCUUUGAAGCAUUUUUCCUCAAAGCCUAUGUUCUAGCUGACAAGAAUCUCGACCCGGACGAGAGCGCUUGUGUUGCUCAGGUUCUUGAGGAAGCUCUCAAGUGUCCUUCGGAUGGGCUACGCAAAGGACAGGCUUUGAACAACCUCGGGAGUGUCUACAUCGACUGUAUGAUGCUAGAUCAAGCUGAAACUGCAUACAAGAACGCUCUAGAGAUCAAACACACACGUGCACAUCAAGGGCUUGCGAGAGUUUACUUCCUCAAGAACCAACGUAAAGAAGCUUGUGAGGAGAUGACAAAGCUGAUUGACAAGGCGUUUAGCAAAGCAGCUGCAUACGAGAAAAGGUCUGAGUACUGUGAACGUGAGAAAGCCAAAGAGGAUCUCGACAUGGCCACAACGCUUGACCCUCUGAGAACCUAUCCUUACAGAUACCGAGCUGCUGUACUGAUGGAUGAUCAGAGAGAGACAGAAGCAGUGGAAGAGCUGUCUAAGGCCAUAGCUUUCAGACCGGAACUGCAAACGCUGCAUCUCAGAGCAGCGUUCCACGAGGCCACGGGAAAGCUUUCAUUGGCUGCUCAAGACUGCGAAGCUGCUCUCUGUUUGGACCCUAACCACACCGAGACGCUUCAUCUCUACAGCAGAUCCAAGGAUCAAGCUUCUUCUGCUGACAACACCACCAUUGUUGGCUUAGAUUAGUUCUAAGGGGAGGGGACCCCUAAAGGAGGGCUCCAUUCUCUUUAGUUUCCAUCUGUGGUUAUGAUCUCCAUCUCGGUCCACCAACGUGGAGAUAACCUAGGCAGUGCUGCAUCAGCUGCUAUUCCGGUGAUCUCUCUCAACUUCACCACAACCUUUCUCAUUGUCGGCCGUUGAGCCGAGUAAGGAUUCAUACACUGCCUAACCACUUCCAACAACCUCUCAGCAACAUCCUCCUGAAACGUUUUCAAAGCCGGGUCCACAAGAUCUCUCGCCUUCUUGGGUUCAAGAAACAAGGAAUCAGGGUCUGGGAGCCUUCCCGUAAUGAUUUCAAACACGAGGGCGCCAAAGUUCAAGACGUUGGUCUGGGGUUCAAGCGUUGAGUGUUCUAAAAGGUUCUUACUCGAGGAGGAUUCUUUGGAGGGAGAGAUGAAGUUGAGGACUGAGAAGUCUGAGACUUUGGCGGCGUUGUCUUCGGUCAAGUAGAUGCAAGAUGAGUCAAGACUGGUGUGCAAGAUGGGUGGGUUGAGAUUGUGCAUGUGGUCUAGACAGUAAGCUGUCCCCAUGGCGAUUCUGAGUCUGGUAGGCCAGUCUAAGUGCUCCGUAUGUUGAGCUUCCAUGAAAGAACAGUUUAGCAAAUUGGAUUGUGUUGAAGUUAAAAGAGUUGUUGCUGAGAUGGGAGUACUUACAGUGAAGAUGCUCGGAGAGCGAUCCAUUAGGGGCGUAUUCGAAAACAAGCAUUCUGUGGAAGGGCUCGUUCUCAUGGCAAUACCCAAUCACAUUCAAGAAAUUCUUGUGGUCUGCUUUUGCUAACUUACGAAUCUGCAGAAACAGAGACGAAUCAUUUUUCCAGUGUUCAAAAACAAAGGAUAAACCAGGUUCUUCUGAUACCUUUUGUAGCAGCUGUGCUUCCAUAUCGUUAGACCAGUUUGCACGAGAGCCAUCCGCGAUGGAGACAGCGGCAAUCUCAGCACCAGUGGAUAAAGUCCCUUUAUAGAUGGUGCCGUCUGAGAAAGAGCCAAUGAUGUUACUGAAAUCUUCACAUGCUGCUUGUAGCUCUGACAGCUGCAGCCUAGGAACAUCUGCGGAAGUGCAAAACUAUAGAGUCAGAGAAUGAAGAGAGAAGAAUGAAGAGUGUGUGUGUGUGUGUUGCCUGUGAUAAGAGCAUCUUGGAGCUGGCCACUGUUGUUGGUCCAAGGCUUGAUUGGGAUUUUUCGGGUGUGGAUAAGAAAGAAGAUGAUUAAUGCCACUGAGACUGUGAAUACUCCAACAACUAUGCCCACGAUCAUAGAAACGGGAGUCUUUUUAGUACUUGGAGGGGGACGUGGAGGUGGAGACAGAAGUUGAGGAGGAUCAGAAGGUGGGUUUGGAGUUUCUGCUGUCCUAACACUACUAGGAGGAGGGCUCGGGGUUCCAUCUCCACCUACUGGUGUUCGAGUUUCUGGUGCUGGAACCGGUUUUGUGGAGCCUGCAAGUGCUAGAUCAGGAGAUGGAGGGGAGGCACCCACAGCAGGACCUUUUCCCGGAAGAGGUGGUGUCUCUACCAAGCUGCGACGGUUCCAAGAAGCUUCGGAUUGGAUCAAUAAGUGAUCUUGACAAGGAUCAAAGACUUCUGCAAUUUUAGAAAUGAGCUAUCAUAAUCCAAAGACACACACAAAAGAUUGUAGAGAGAGAUGAGGAUGGAAGAAAGUACCUUGAGUUUUGAGAUUCAGAGGAAGAAAGGUGAGGAAGAUGAUGGAGAAUGCUGUUCGGAGAUUGAAUCUCCACCAUCCAUGAGAACUCAUAGGAGGUUUCAUUUAGCUUCUGUGCGCUCUUUCUUCCUGAAAGAAGAAGGAAUAAGAGGAGCAGUUGAAGAUUGAAGUCGUCUCUCAGGGACAAGGAAGACUAAUCAACGGUUGCUACUCUUUCAACCUUUUUUAAUUUUUAUCUCUUAUUUAUUCCAAUCAUGAAACUUGUUGACUUGUAUGGUUCUUAUGUCGUGUACCUCUAUUUAGUCUAUGUCGUAAAUGUAUCUAGGUUUCCUUUUACUGGAUUUUUAGUCUCUUUUUUGUUAAA